AUGAAGAAAACUUCGAAAAAAUCGUUUUUAAAGUUAUAUAAAUCCUUUUAUAUUUUAAUAGCAUAUAUUAUAAUUGUUCAAUGCAUAUAUUUAUGUAACAAGUUUAUAUCAACCUUUCAGAUAAAAAUUAGAAUAAUAUCUUUUUUAUCUUUUUGGUUUACUAUAUGUAUGAUAAUUUGGUGUCACAUUAAAUGUCUUUACACAAAUCCCGGAUUUUUAAAUGAAACAUUUCAUAUUGUUUCAGAUAAUAUAACAGAAUAUGACAAUAACGUAAAAAUGUGUGAAAAAUGUAACCUUUUGAAAAUAAAAAGAUCUCAUCACUGUUCUGUUUGUGAUAAGUGUAUUAUGAAAAUGGACCACCACUGCUAUUGGAUAAAUAGUUGCGUAGGUUUAUAUAACCAGAAAUAUUUUAUACUUUUAAAUUUUUAUAUUCUAUUGCUAUGUUUUAAUAUAGCUUUUAUUCUCCUAUAUAAAAUUAUAACAUGUUUUAAAAUGAAAAAUAGGGCUCAAAAAGAAAUGUGUAUAAUAACAAGAUUGGAUAUAUAUCUUAUAGUAAUAAAUAUGAUAUGUUCCUUAUUAUUUGGAAUGUUCUCUAUGAUUAUGCUCGUUGACCAAUAUUGUGCAAUAAAAACAAACACAACAGGUAUAGAAGUUUUAAAAAAUAUAAAAGGAGAAGAAAAACCUUUUCAAGAGUCAUUAAUCGAAGUAUUUGGACAACCAUUUUCUUAUUUAUGGUUUUUACCAGUAAAUAAAAAACUAAAGAAAGAAUGA